AUGAAAUCUCAAAAGAGGUUACAUGAUCACCAUUCCAUGGCUGGCCUUUCCCUUGGACAUGCACGUCGUCAUGCUCAUCGUCGCAUCCUCCAUCGGCGUCUCCCACCAAAUGCAAUUCACAAGCAUAUGAGACCAAAGCCUAGGAUUCGACCCCAGACAGUCAAGUUGGAGAAACAUGACAUUUCCACCAAGGUGGAAGAGCCAGUGGAGGAGCUUAGAAAUGGUUCAUGUAUCGAGGAGGAACUGGAGAAUGAUGCCUAUGACUGUGAUGAGGACAAUGACAAUGAUCAGUCUGAUAAUGCUUUGGAAUUUCCAGUGCCCUCAGUAUGGCGUAAGGAUCUCAAAAGGCCAUUGUAUGUUGUUAGGCCUGCUUCACUUGAAGAUGAUGAAAAUGAGCUGGUGUUGAACCGAACAGCCAUGGUAUGUGUGUUUCAGUAUCUCAAGAGACCAGAACUUGCUGUGUGCAUGCAGGUAUGUCGUGACUGGAAUCGGUGGUGUUUGGACCCCAAGCUCUGGUAUUCCAUGGACCUGUCUCAGCAGAAAAUUACCCAACACACCCUUCAAGGCAUUGUACGGUGUCAGCCAACUCGUCUUGAUCUAAGCUGGUCCUUCAUCACUGGAAAUCAGUUGAGAUGGCUCUUACCCCGUCUUCCUCAACUCAAGGAACUUCAGCUGGUGGGACUUCCAUGGAACACUGUGAAGUCCAUUGUGACUGCAAGCUGUCCUGUGUUGAGUUCAUUGAAUGUUUCAUAUGUUGGUGGACUUGGUGACAUCCAAUUUGCCAAAAUGCUUUCUCAACCUCCAGAUUCUCGACCAGGUAUGGUGGACUUCUCUACUCGUCUGCGGCAUUUGGUUGAGAUACGGUUGGCUGGCUGUGACAUUUCAGAUUCAAGUCUUGAGGUUCUGGCAUCAAAUCUGUCAUCUCUGGCAAAAGUAGACAUAAGCUGCUGCACAAAGAUUGGGGAUGCUGGCAUUAGCCGAAUGGUAUCAGGAGGAUUGCGAGACCGUUUGGUCUAUUGUGAUGCUCAGAAAUGUCCUCGAGUUACUGACAAGGUACUGACUGCCCUCAGUAGCUGUCCUAAUCUUGUUCAUCUUGACCUCCGUCACUGUGAAUGUGUCUCAUCACAUUCACUGAAGCUAUUUGCAGCUGACAGAGAUGGGGUGAAUGUGGAUGGAAAGCUUGUGACCCAUGCCAAGCACUCACAUUGCCAACGCAUUCCUAGUAAAAUAAGGAAGUGA